UUCGCCUCGCCCUUUGCCAAUGGAUCGCUUCCAUUGUUUACCCUCCUCACUUUUUAGAUUUACGUAUAUUUUUUUUUAGUUUUUAGUUACAGUUUUUUUUUUUUUUUUUACUAUUACACAAUUUAUAAUUUUGUUUACCGAUAUAAAAUUCACACCAUUCAAUUUUUGUGUUCCAUAACUUUUACUUUAGUAAGUUUACCGGUUUUUUAGAAUGGCUCCGAAAAAGAGAGAAAAAGAACUAGACAAAAACCGAAUGGAUCACGCUCAAGCUGAUCAUGAACUUUUUCUGCAAGCAUUCGAAAAACCUACCCAAAUUUACAAAUAUUUGAGGAAUCGUAGUUUGUUUUCGCCAUUAUUUUUAGUCAGAACUUUAAGCUACAUGAGAGCAAAUCGUCCAAAACCAAAGCGUCCAAAAAAGAAAUUAGAUAUUGAUUCAUUGUUAAACAAUGUAGAAAAUCAAGUUUAUGAAAAGAAAACAUUUAACAAACGAUAUUUAACAAUUAGUUAUAUUGGAUAUUUUGACGAUAAAAUGAACAAUGCAAAUGGGCCUGUUAAAGUUGAAACUACACUUGUGAAAAUAUGUCACAAAAAACGUAAAGAUGUUUGCCCAUAUACAAUGGUUUCUUUUGGCUUAUCAUCUGUUCCUGUCAACCCAACUUGUUCUCAAUUAACAUCACAAUCACCAGUAGUGUCUAUUCCUGUUGAAUCAGUUAAUACACAAGGACAUGUAUCUAAAUCACAUCAUUUAUUAGUGAGGAUUAUAAAUGUGAUUUCAAAUUCAGAUUCUGAAAACACUGAGCCGAGUCAGAAGAAAAGAAGAAUGAGUAUUAAAGAGGGUAAUGGUAUAGUUAAAAAAGAAAUUGGUGCAAAUUUAAUUAUUCAUGACAAACAGAAUCGAUGCUUGCUUAAAGAUGGUGACUAUGAUUGUCUAGUAGAAGAAAUUAGUGGUGAAAGUCCUAAUUUAACUACAGGAAAAUCGUGUUCAUGGGAACGUCUCAAAGAAGUAAGAGCUGGACCACAAUUUAGUGCAUUUGAAAGCCGUAAAAAGAUCAAGCUUCGUUUAAAGUGGUCAACAGAACCUAAUAGUACUGCUGUUGUUUAUCCUCUCGUUGAUAAUAAAGAAAAUAAUUGGCCAACUAAUAUUCUUAUAGCAUCAAAUUCUAGAAGAAGUAGCAGUGUUCAAAAUGCAAAUGGUUCUCUGGAUUCUUCAUCUAAUAAGUUGAAAAUAGUAUACCAAUUCUUGUACAAUAAUAACAGCCGUCAACAGACUGAAGCUAGUGAAGAUUUACACUGCCCAUGGUGUACAUUGGAUUGUUUUACAUUAUAUGCAUUACUUAAGCAUUUGAAGUUAUGUCAUGCCCGGUUUACAUUUUCUUAUGUUCCAACAGGAUCUGGUGCAAGAAUUGAUGUUGCAAUCAAUGAACACUAUGAUGGUUGUUAUAUUGGUAGUCCACAAGAUUUAAUUGCACAACCACAAAGGGAUGAAUCAAAGAAUGUUGGUUACCGUAUAACUAGAGUUGGUCCGGUAAGACGUACAGUUGUAUCAAAAAUAGUAGUUUGUCAUCCAAAACGACUUAGGCGUGCUUCAUUGUCCGAGUUUUUACAUGAACUGGAAGAUACUGAUGGAUAUGAUGGCCAAAGACCAUAUGUUACUGGACAUAAUAGAUUAUAUCAUCAUACAUCAACAUGUCUUCCAAUUUAUCCACGAGAAAUGGAUGUAGAUAGUGAAGAUGAAAGUGAUCCUAUAUGGUUGAGGAAAAAGACUGCAAUGAUGAUUGAUGAAUUCACUGAUGUCAAUGAUGGUGAAAAAGAACUAAUGAAGAUGUGGAAUCUUCACGUUAUGAAAGAGGGAUUUGUUGGUGAUUGUCAAAUAUCAUUAGCUUUAAGCAUGUUUGUUGAAUCUAAGGGUAGAUACAUUCUUAGAAAAAACUUAUAUAGAAAUUUUAUGUUACAUCUAUGCAACUUGUGUGACUUACGUCUUAUAAGUCCAGUGACCUUUUAUACAACCAUACAAAAAUUACAAGAUAUUUUAGCUGUUGAUUCAGAAGCUAGCAAUGUAUUAUAUGAAUCUUUUGAAGCACAGCGAAAAUAUUGGCGUGAGGAAGGUGCUAAAAAGGCCGAAGAUCGUACUGAAAUUAGGUGUUUAGUACAAAGUCCAUUGCAGUCAGACAUUGGCACUAGACGUAAACCUGCUGGAUCAUUUUAUCCAUUAAAACUUCAAGAUAAAUUAAAAGGAAAAGUAAUUAAACAACAAAAUAGCCGUAAAGGAGGAACUUCUACAAGACCAAAUCCCCCUGCCACCAAAAAUGCAAACAUUGUUGAAGAAAAGAAACUUGAUAAAAAAAGUGACAAAAAGGGAGGGUCUACAACUAGAUCUCAAUCUGCUGUACGAACUGAUAAGCCAGAAAAACCAGUAGAAAAACGUAAUAGCACAUCUUUGAAUGGUGAAGAUCAUAAAAUAUCUGCAACUCUCACAGUACGACGUAGGACUUUUCCUAUAUUGACUGACAAGAAAAAACCAGUUCCUGAAAAAUUGCCAACAAAUGUGUCUGAAUCUAUAAGGCGAAAGUAAAUAGGUAAUUAUUGUUGUGAUAAUUUUGAGAAAAAUUGUUAUAAAAUUAAAUCAAAUUUCCCAUUAUGUCUAAAAUGAGUUGUUCACUAUUGUCAUAAAAAUGUAAGUUAAGCUACAAAGAGGAGAAUUAUAAGUUCUUAUUUUUGUGAUCAUAUAGUUUGGUUUUAUUAUUUUUAAUCUUUGUACAGUGGAUAGAAAAAUCUUAGAACUCAGCCUUAUAAUUAAGAUUGUUAAAUCAUUUUCAUACUAGUUACACCAAAAAUACUUAAAAGUAAUUGUUCCAUACAGUAAAUGAGUUCUUGAAAUAU